UUAAUACCACACACACAGAAUUCGAUCUAGAUUCCCUUCAUUUCCCUAAAUUUCCUCAAUCUCCAAACCCUAAUUUCAGCUGCGAAUUAUCCAUGGCUACCACAGAAGAGCCGAUUCUCCCGAAUGAGCUAGCGGUGGAGGCGACUGCAGCCGCAGGCAUCGCGGAGGAGACAGCUAACGAUGAGAAAGCUCCGGAGAAAUCCGCAACGGUGAAGAAGGUUUCUGCACCGAAAGAGGCGAAGAAGAAGAAGGUUCCUGCCCCGAGGAACCGGAAUUCCUCUCACCCUCCUUACUUUGAGAUGAUUAAGGACGCAAUCGCCACGCUCAAGGAUAGGACGGGAUCAAGCCAAUACGCGAUCACAAAGUUCAUUGAGGAUAAGGAGAAGAAUUUGCCGGCGAAUUUCCGGAAGGUUUUGCUCGUUCAAUUGAAGAAGCUCGUGGCGAACGAGAAGCUUGCUAAAGUGAAAAACUCGUUUAAAUUGCCCUCUGCGCGCUCUCAAAAGCCGGUUCCGGCUGUUGCUGCUGCGCCGGCUAAGAAGAAGCCGGCGACUGCCUCGAAGCUGAAGUCCAAAGCCGCCGCUUCCAAGGAGAAGGUCGCUGCUGCCAAACCCAAGCCGAAGCCUAAAACUGCAGCAGCCAAGCCUAAAACCGCCGCAGCAAAGCCUAAAACUGUUGCAGCGAAGCCGAAAGCGGCUGUGAAGGCUAAACCCGCAGCGAAGCCAAAGGCAGCAGCUCCUGCGAAAGCGAAGGCCGCAACGAAGAGGAAGGCGCCGGAAAUUGCGAAGAAACCGCCGGCUAAGGCAACGAGAACGUCAACGAGGACUAAUCCGGGGCGGAAGACAACGCCAAUUGAUGCUAUUAAGAAGGCUCCGGCGGCGAAGAAAGCUCAGGCGAAAACUGUCAAGUCUCCGGCAAAGAAGGCAGCCGUUGGGAAGAAAGGGAAAAAGUGAUCGGAAGGGUGGUUUUGGAAUCGGCGUUCGCUUGUAGGGAUAGUGUUGUACAUUCAUUACGGAUCCGUCAACCAUUAUAUUCUUCUUUUUUCCUUUAUUUUUGUUUUUAGGUUUUGGAUUACACCUUGUUUUCCUCAAAUUAAAUCACAAAAGCUUCUUCUUUCUCAAAA